CAUCAUUCCAGAGCAGGACACUACAACUGCGGAGCAUCAAGGGGAAGAUAAGUGCUGCUUCCAAUGUGGAACAGACCUAUUUAGGCACUUUUUUACGCACGCAUGUUGCGGACCGGGACUAAUUCCGUAUAAGGACGUAAAUCUAUUUUUGUACAUUUUAUGGAAUAAAAAUCAUUUAAAGAUGAUACUGAAUAUAAAGCAUGUCCUGUGGUUAUAUUGCCUCUGUGAAGCUGCAGCUGCAACAGCCUCAAAUGCAUUAUCAGUCAUCCAACCAGUCAUAGGGUCCCUCUCAGGGAAGGUAAAUCUUCCCUGCUACUUUUCCACAAUCCCAACCUCAGCACCAGUCAUCAGUCCCAGUGGAACAGUCGUUUACAACAAGGAUUACUUGCGGAUCAAAUGGAGCAAAAUACAGGGACGAACAGAGUCCACGGUGCUGGUGGCACAAAAUGGGAUCAUCAAGCUAGGCUCAAGCUACAGGAACCGUGUAUCAGUACCCAGCCACCCUGAAGUUGUCGGUGACGCCUCGCUCACAAUUGUGAAGCUGCGUGCCAGUGACGCUGGCACUUAUCGUUGCGAGGUCAUGUUCGGGAUUGAAGACACCCAGGAUACUGUUAACCUUGAUGUCAGCGGUGUUGUCUUUCACUACCGAUCAAGCAUCAGCAGGUACACUUUGGACUACCAGAAAGCUGUACAAACUUGUGAAAACGUUGGAGCAAACAUUGCAACCUAUGAGCAACUGAAAGCAGCCUAUGAGGACGGCUUUGAUCAAUGCGAUGCCGGUUGGAUUGCUGACCAGACAGUGAGAUACCCAAUUACAAGGCCAAGAGAGGGCUGUCAUGGCAACCUUCCUAAUAAACCUGGUGUCAGGUCGUAUGGAACCAGAAAACCUACAGAGACCUACGAUGUGUACUGUUAUGUAGGCAAACUGGAUGGUCAAGUCUUUUAUGCUCCCGUGACCCAUAAGAUGACUUUUGAAGAAGCCAGUGAAGAGUGUAAAAAGAGGAAAGCUGUCCUGGCAAGUCCCGGACAGCUGCAUGCUGCUUGGAGACAGGGGCUAGACAGAUGUGACUACGGCUGGCUCUCCGAUGGCAGCGUACGGCAUCCUGUCGCAGUCCCCAGAACUAAGUGUGGCGGAGGCCAACUCGGCGUGAGGACCAUGUAUCGCUACAGAAAUCAGACUGGCUUCCCAGAACCAACUAGAAAGUUUGGGGCUUACUGCUUUAAAGGAAGGAGAAUGGUAUUCAGCCAGACUUCCUUUGUGGAUGUAUCUGUGGUAGAAAUGACCACCAACAUCAUCAGUCCUAGUACCUCCAUCCCUUUACUGGAGAGUAGCACCAUUCUGACAACUACGACAUCUGAAAAAACAUCAGAGGCAGACGUUUCUCCAGAUUCUUCUACAGAUCCUCCAUCUAUGUUCUCAACCAGCAUGGCUCCACCUCGCCCCACCCCAGCAGGCCAUGAGGAAGAGUUAAUCACAACAGUUGCACCCACUAUCAAAGACGACCAUGAGGACGAUGAUGAUGUAACAGCUGCGCCAGAUUCUCGCACUGAUGAUCAAAAUGUAACCUUUGUGGAAACUGCUGCUGCCCAUGGUGGCACAGCCACAGAAACUAAGAUCACGGUGGAAAGCACUCAUGCCACAGUGUCUGAUGAUGAGUCAGAUGAUCAAUCAGUAAUUCAGGUCAGCACGAUUCAGCCUGACGUCCCUAUACCAGAUGCUUCUCUCCGCAACGAGCUCAUGUUUGCUGAAGGGGAGACAGAGGAAACUGUCAUAGAUCCUAGGAACAUCACAUCGAUCUCUGAUCUCACUGACACUCCGACCAAAUCAUCUGAAGUUAGCCAUGAGGAAAUGCUUAGCUCCUCACAAUUAACACCAUCACCUUCAAUCAGUGAUAUAGCAACAGACGAUAAUUUGAGCUACGAUGACAUUUAUCCUAUAAUAGGUUUAGAGGGUCAGCCACCUACUAGGGCAUCCCAACCAGAUGGCUCAGCCAGCCCUUCAGACACCAAUAGAAUUGAUGAUACAAUCACAGCCAUUCCACCCUUAAAUAACACCCAUCGUGUCAGUGAGGUGAAGGUAACCACCACAGUGACACCAAAUACUGCCAGCAGUGUUGAGACACCACCAACACCUGAAGUUUCACCAGGCACAAUCAUCCUGAUCGACAGUGUAAUGUUAACUGAGGAAGUGAAAUCUUCAGCAGCUGUCCAUGUCUUUGAUGAGUCUUCCACUCAGGUGACAGAGCGAAUUGGUAGCACCUUGAUGGAGGACGAAACAGCAGCAGAGUUUGGUACAGAGUUCUUUAUAUCUGCUCCAACGACUUCAACGGUGGCCAGUACAACAGCCCAUCCAGCUGCAGUGAUCACAGAUAACCAGACCACCACUGCGCAGAUUCAGACUGCAUCAGCUAACCAGGCUUCAGAAUCACAGAAUGCUCAGUCUCUUGCCACACCAGUUUUGCUGGACCAUCCCACUCCCUCUGUAGGUGUUGGUGAGACAAUCAUACAAAGCAGAGACCCAGAACGUUUCCCACAAGCUACCAUAACCAUCACCCCAGGUAUCAGCUUUAUUAAUGGUAAACAAGAGAUCACAUUGGAGCCUCAAAGCGUGGAAGAAAAAGAGGCCAAAGGUACCCAGAUUUUGAUUGAUUUCUCUGAUGGUAGCUUCACUAAAUCUACACAGGAACCUACAGAACCUCUGGCUUUUACAGAAACCCCAUAUAUGGUUGUCUCUGAGCCUGACAGAGGGCCAACCGUUGAAUCAAUGCCUCCUCAAUUAGGGGAUGAUCUGACCACAAAAGGCCAAAAACACAAAGACUUAACCUCUGUUAUUGCCACAACAGUAGAAGACAAGAUUCCACUGGAAACUCCACAAAUAACUGUGGCUGGCUCGGCUUCCACAGAUACUACUGACCUUCUUCCUGCAGUAACACCAACUGAGCCACAGAGAACCAAAGCAGUUAAAGAAACCCAAACAUCAAAGGCUAAUGUGAAAACCCCUGCUUUCAGCACUAUGUCUGUACAAAAAGGGACACAUGAGACAGGAAGAACUCCUGCCCAUGGGAAAAGUGACUCAAAUCUGACUCAGAGACAGAAGACUGAGGAUGAAUCUCCAACUACUUCUCCAACCAGAUUUUACACAGACAAAGAUAAAGAUGAAAUCAUAGCGGAAACAGAGAGCACAUCUCCCAGUCCAGCUGUUAAAGACAGCACAGAGUCUGUGUUAGAGACUGUGUAUAGUCCUUCCACCGCUGACGCUGAUAGGGAAACAGCAACAUCAUCAAGAGGCCCCACUCAAGAUGUAGAGGGGAGGAAAGAGAUCCAGACCACAGAAGGAUUUACCUUAAGCACAACAACUUCUUCAGUAUUUAGUAGUGCACCCUCUCUUAAGCAGAUAGCCAAGGCUGAGGUCACACCAGCUGCAGGAGGUACUGAAUCUUCAAAAUCUGAAGCACCGAUUGAAACUCCGGAGGAUAAAAUCACAAGUCAAGGAGGGAUUAGAGUCAGCCCAAUACGUUUAACUUCCUCUACAGAGAGAGUUGGAACUGAUGCGGUAUCUAUAACGCAGGAGGAGGGUUCAGUAGUCCAAACUGUAAAUAUGUUUACAACCAGCCCACAUCCACAUAUCUCUACCUUAGCAUUAUCUUCACGUUUAACCUUUACACAUACAGAAGCUAAAGCCCAAAUGGAAAGUAAAGUAACUUCAAAUAUAGUACAAUCAGGAUGCACUCAUCAAACACCUAGUCCUGGCACUAGUGUGUUAGAACAAACUUCCACACCUGCCACUCCGCAUGAAGAGAAGAAAAAAAAUGAGCCAACCACUACUCAGUCUUAUGGAUCCAUUGCAACGACUGAUUCUACUGAGAUAUUCAGUCCGUCAACAAUGAAGUCAGAAACUACAUCCUUCCCGAGUGCCACAGAUACAGAUUUUUCCGGAGACAGCACUACUGUUUUCCCUGAAGUCUCAAGCAUCAUAACAACAACACUGCUUUCAAGUGAUACUUCAAAAGGUGCUUUUACUUCAUCCUCAUCUGUCUUCAGUACUCAGAAGCCAAUAUCAGUGUCAUCUGGUACGCAAAAAUCUGUGACCACAAGCAAGUUCGAUGAAUAUUCAUUAACACCAGAGGAAAGUUCUUUUUUGACAUCAACAGAAGAGGACUCAGGAGAUCAGACGCCUGAAAUGAUCAUAAAUCUCACUGCACUUCCCACAGCUUCCGCAAAGUUCACCACGGAGAAGUCAACAGCAACUCCAGCUGACGUUUACUCCAGUGCUCUCUCAGAUCAGACAGAAAAGACUUCUGUUUCUCCUUUGACUGAUAAGACAAUGACCUAUUUGGACACAACUCCAAUGGAUGUAGAACGUUCAAGUGAUGACACCACAGAUAUAUUGAAUGCAAGCUCUGUUUUCAGUGACGUAUCUCCAUCUGUAUCCAGCACUGUGGAGUCAAUACCACUAUCACUUGCAGUAACACAACAUGUUGAUACAGAUCAGACUAAAGUACCAUCCCUUACCAGUGUUCCAGAUGUUGAGGUUGAAAGUGAAAGCAGUCAAACUACCGUAAUGGACUCGUUUGCUUCUGUCAGUCCGUCAACAAUGAAGUCAGAAACUACAUCCUUCCCGAGUGCCACAGAUACAGAUUUUUCUGGAGACAGCACUACUGUUUUCGCUGAAGUCUCAAGCAUCAUAACAACAACACUGCUUUCAAGUGAUACUUCAAAAGGUGCUUUUACUUCAUCCUCAUCUGUCUUCAGUACUCAGAAGCCAAUAUCAGUGUCAUCUGGUAUGGAAAAAUCUGUCACCACAAGCAAGUUCGAUGAAUAUUCAUUAACACCAGAGGAAAGUUCUUUUUUGACAUCAACAGAAGAGGGCUCAGGAGAUCAGACACCUGAAAUGAUCAGAAAUCUCACUGCACUUCCCACAGCUUCCUCAUUGUUCACCACGGAGAAGUCAACAGCAACUCCAGCUGACGUUUACUCCAGUGCUCUCUCAGAUCAGACAGAAAAGACUUCUGUUUCUCCUUUGACUGAUAAGACAAUGACCUAUUCGGACACAACUCCAAUGGAUGUAGAACGUUCAAGUGAUGACACCACAGAUAUAUUGAAUGCAAGCUCUGUUUUCAGUGACGUAUCUCCAUCUGUAUCCAGCACUGUGGAGUCAAUACCACUAUCACUUGCAGUAACACAACAUGUUGAUACAGAUCAGACUAAAGUACCAUCCCUUACCAGUGUUCCAGAUGUUGAGGUUGAAAGUGAAAGCAGUCAACCUACCGUAAUGGACUCGUUUGCUUCUGUCAGUCCAUCAACAAUGAAGUCAGAAACUACAUCCGUCCCGAGUGCCACAGAUACAGAUUUUUCUGGAGACAGCACUACUGUUUUCCCUGAAGUCUCAAGCAUCAUAACAACAACAGUGCUUUCAAGUGAUACUUCAAAAGGUGCUUUUACUUCAUCCUCAUCUGUCUUCAGUACUCAGAAGCCAAUAUCAGUGUCAUCUGGUACGCAAAAAUCUGUCACCACAAGCAAGUUCGAUGAAUAUUCAUUAACACCAGAGGAAAGUUCUUUUUUGACAUCAACAGAAGAGGACUCAGGAGAUCAGACGCCUGAAAUGAUCAGAAAUCUCACUGCACUUCCCACAGCUUCCGCAAAGUUCACCACGGAGCAGUCAACAGCAACUCCAGCUGACGUUUACUCCAGUGCUCUCUCAGAUCAGACAGAAAAGACUUCUGUUUCUCCUUUGACUGAUAAGACAAUGACCUAUUCGGACACAACUCCAAUGGAUGUAGAACGUUCAAGUGAUGACACCACAGAUAUAUUGAAUGCAAGCUCUGUUUUCAGUGCCGUAUCUCCAUCUGUAUCCAGCACUGUGGAGUCAAUGCCACUAUCACUUGCAGUAACACAACAUGUUGAUACAGAUGAGACUAAAGUACCAUCCCUUACCAGUGUUCCAGAUGUUGAGGUUGAAAGUGAAAGCAGUCAACCUACCGUAAUGGACUCGUUUGCUUCUGUCAGUCCAUCAACAAUGAAGUCAGAAACUACAUCCGUCCCGAGUGCCACAGAUACAGAUUUUUCUGGAGACAGCACUACUGUUUUCGCUGAAGUCUCAAGCAUCAUAACAACAACACUGCUUUCAAGUGAUACUUCAAAAGGUGCUUUUACUUCAUCCUCAUCUGUCUUCAGUACUCAGAAGCCAAUAUCAGUGUCAUCUGGUAUGGAAAAAUCUGUCACCACAAGCAAGUUCGAUGAAUAUUCAUUAACACCAGAGGAAAGUUCUUUUUUGACAUCAACAGAAGAGGGCUCAGGAGAUCAGACGCCUGAAAUGAUCAGAAAUCUCACUGCACUUCCCACAGCUUCCUCAUUGUUCACCACGGAGAAGUCAACAGCAACUCCAGCUGACGUUUACUCCAGUGCUCUCUCAGAUCAGACAGAAAAGACUUCUGUUUCUCCUUUGACUGAUAAGACAAUGACCUAUUUGGACACAACUCCAAUGGAUGUAGAACGUUCAAGUGAUGACACCACAGAUAUAUUGAAUGCAAGCUCUGUUUUCAGUGACGUAUCUCCAUCUGUAUCCAGCACUGUGGAGUCAAUACCACUAUCACUUGCAGUAACACAACAUGUUGAUACAGAUCAGACUAAAGUACCAUCCCUUACCAGUGUUCCAGAUGUUGAGGUUGAAAGUGAAAGCAGUCAACCUACCGUAAUGGACUCGUUUGCUUCUGUCAGUCCGUCAACAAUGAAGUCAGAAACUACAUCCUUCCCGAGUGCCACAGAUACAGAUUUUUCUGGAGACAGCACUACUGUUUUCGCUGAAGUCUCAAGCAUCAUAACAACAACACUGCUUUCAAGUGAUACUUCAAAAGGUGCUUUUACUUCAUCCUCAUCUGUCUUCAGUACUCAGAAGCCAAUAUCAGUGUCAUCUGGUACGCAAAAAUCUGUGACCACAAGCAAGUUCGAUGAAUAUUCAUUAACACCAGAGGAAAGUUCUUUUUUGACAUCAACAGAAGAGGACUCAGGAGAUCAGACGCCUGAAAUGAUCAUAAAUCUCACUGCACUUCCCACAGCUUCCGCAAAGUUCACCACGGAGCAGUCAACAGCAACUCCAGCUGACGUUUACUCCAGUGCUCUCUCAGAUCAGACAGAAAAGACUUCUGUUUCUCCUUUGACUGAUAAGACAAUGACCUAUUUGGACACAACUCCAAUGGAUGUAGAACGUUCAAGUGAUGACACCACAGAUAUAUUGAAUGCAAGCUCUGUUUUCAGUGACGUAUCUCCAUCUGUAUCCAGCACUGUGGAGUCAAUGCCACUAUCACUUGCAGUAACACAACAUGUUGAUACAGAUGCGAUGUCAUCUGGAACAGACAAAUACUAUACCACAACUGCAAGAGAUGAAACUAACUCCUUUACUGAAGAGUGGAGCUCGCAUGAUGAGAUAACCCAUAUACCGGCCUUUGUCAAUGCAGUUCCUCCAUCUUUUUCAUCGCUCAGCACAAUGGCCCCAACAUCAAGUCCAGUCGCAGAACUUGAGAUUCCAUUAAUUAGUCACCCAGAGAAAACCUUGCUUUACCCCUUAACUGACAACACAGUGUUAUCUCCUGAACCCUUUACAUUAACUGACCAAACUGUAGACAUGUUUACGUUAUCUUCUUUCUCAGAUACAACUUCAACUGAAACAAUAGAGAUGGUAACAACAAGGAACACUGUUUCUUUUGAUUUCAUGACUACAACAUCAACAUCAGCACCAUCAACUACUUUCAGUGACUCUCAAAGAACACACACAUCCUUUACAGCAACAGUUGAAAACCUGAAAACUUUGACUCACAGUACAAUGAUUUCACCUCAUGAGUUCAUGACCGGGCAGUCUACAGAUGCUCCUCUGUUUUCUGCCACUACUCAGGUUGAGUCAGAAACAGGUCAUUUUCCCGACCCAGACUUCUCAGGAGAUUACACAUCAACAUACACAGAUGAAACAGCACCUGAACAGCCCUCUGUGGAAUCAGCAACCCUAGCAGUAACAACAUUUAGUCCAUCAAACACACCUGUAUUCACUGGGGAAGAGCAUUCAAGUGAUAGAGAAUUUACAACUGCUACAUCUAGUCCCUAUACACUCAAAACAUUUCGGCCAAUGGCAAUACCCAGUAUUACCCCAAUGAUGACCUCUGCCUACAAUGACAUGGACAACUCUGGCAGCUUCCCUCAAGACUUUGAUUUGGAAUCAAGUCAAGAUGGAUCUGGUGAAGGGAUAUUAAUUGAAACUGCUACAAAACCAUACAAGGAAUUUAAAGUGCAAACAGAUGAGACAGAAACAGAUGAGACUUGGAGCACAUCUGACAUGGUCAGUGUUGCAUUUUCACCUCAGUCUAGUACACAGGUAACCAAAGAAUUUAUAUCACCAACUCAAUCUCCAAGCAUGAUGAGCCCUGAGAUUUACACUUCUGAUCAGGGCAGUGGAGUCACCGAUCAAGAUGAGUGGUCAGGCGAUGACUCAAGUGGGUCAUCCUCCACAAGAGUACCUGAAAGGGAGAGUUCUGGAGUUUUGGAUAGUACAAUUUCCUCAGCGGUUAUAAAUUCAGUGUUUCCAGAAGAUAGUGACCCAGGUGGCCAUACCACUGACGUGCUUAUUACAGUAAAAGACACAGGAUUAUCAGUUCUACCCACAACCAAACCAAGAAUAAUAGGAGCAACUCAUGAAAGUACAUCUGUUACUAGCACAGAGAGUACAGGCCAUUCCAUUUUCAGCACAGAGAAACCAACAAGCACAGCAAAAAGACUUAAUGAAAGUGGAACAGCUGAUGUUCCAAAAUCUACUGCACCUGCAGCUUCUCUCUACACCACAGAGAAGUCGUACACAUCAACAGAAUAUGCAAUCACAAGUAAAAAAUCAACACCAAAACCAGAUUUUACUUUGACAGAGGUAGAGAGUUCUGGCAACCAAACCACUGUGAAGUUCACCCUAAAGCCUUCAGUGAUGGAGACUGCCACAUUUUCAGAAACAGCAGGUGAAACCAAGGGUUUUGCUACAGCAACAGCAACCUCUGAUAACAGGGUUUUCUCACAGGAAAGUAAAAUUACUCCAGCAACAGAUCAUCCCCUUUCAAGCACUGAGAAAGAUGAGGUUGCUGUGGCUGAACACACAACAGAAUCCCCCUCUACAGCCCUGCCCUCCCAUACAACCGAUGCCUUAAUAUAUAAUCACACUGUUGUUGAUUUCAGCACAGAAAGCUUGAGCAGUGAGCAUAAACAAGAUGAAUUUACAUCAACAUCUGCCCCAGUUCCCACUGUUAUAUAUCACAGCGUUACAGAUCAACAAGUUGAGAUUAUUACUCCCGACAGGAGCCAAGCCAAGACUCGACUAACUGAACAAACACCGACCAUAGUUCUGGAUGCAUCCAAAACAUCAACCAGCACAUCUAUCAUAUUCAUCGAGGAUACACAACAGGAAGAUAAACUGUUCUCUGGAGUUACAGAUAGUAUGAGAGAAGACAGCUACAGUACAGAGCUUAUUACCAAAGAUGAUACAAUCACUGAUGCAGAUACGAUGUCUGUGGUUCCCUCUUCUUCAUUUUAUCCAACUAUUCUGACAGAGGAAGCUGGGGGUGUCACAGCAAUUACAAUAACUCAAAAGCUGGAAGUUACAGAAGAACCAGAGGGUUCAGGGACUGUGGGUGACACAUUUUUGAGUCCUACACCAACCUCAGCCAGUGAUACAUCAUCAGCCUCAACAUCUUCUGAAUACUUGUUCACUUCAGAAUCGUCACCUGUGAAAGACGUUUCUUCGGAAGAAACAUCAAGUGAAGUAAAUGUCACAAGGUUGGCGCAGGUCACACAAGAUACUUCCGUGUCCACUCAGUCAAGCUCUGGAGAAAUCUAUGAUGUUACAACAACACACAAAGUUUUCUCAUUUGAGACUACCAAACCAAUUUCUGAUCAAUUCCAAGGAGACACUACUGAGAUUUCCACUUCCUCAUCUUUUUCUUCUCAAAUGUUAAUGGAAACAGCAGACUCUACCUCUGUCACUUUAGUGACUAGUGAAGAUUAUGUGGUCACCACAGUUAAAAAAGAAAAAUAUACGACAGCAUCACCCGUAAUUCUAACAGCUACAAGUCACGGCAUAACUGAUAAAACCUUAAGUUCAUCCGUUUUCACACAAACCACUAAACCUUCAGUCACUGUCGCACCAGUCUCCACUAAACCUGGAACAAUGAAAUCCACCAGUAAAACAUCUGAUGACGACUCUUCAGGUGACUCUGAUGACUUUGCACAAGAAAGCUCAGAGAAACCUUCAGCAUCAUCUUUGGAAAGUUGGAUGACUGAAAAAACAUCUACACCCUCUUCACUGUUUAGUACUGAGCAAGCCAGGUCUGAGAUCAUGCCUACUCCCCACACUGGCAUCUCUUCUGAGAAAAAUGUGCCAGCCACAGUGAGCCCAGUGUUGUCUAGUGAGAAGUUAAGCACUGCUAUGGUUGUAACUGCCCAGACUGCAUUAACAGUCACAACAUUGAAAGGGGAAAUUUCAAGUAGUUCAGACAGUGACAUCCAGAAAACAUCUCCUCAUGCUAUUAUAACUUCAUCUCAUAUGGGGACAGGAGCGGAGCCUGUUGGAGUAGAAUCUACAACUCCAAAACCUCCAAGUGAAGAAGAAGAAGAAACUAUAGCUACUGACACAAGAUCUCCUGCAGUGUCAAGCGCUGUAGACGCAUCACUAGAGAUCUCAGGUGAAGCAACUUAUUCAUUUUCAUUUGAAACAAAAAGGACUCCAUCCUCAGGUGUGUCCUCAGUUUCUACCACUGAGACUGAAGGGUUGGUUUUCACUUCAGAAAUUACUGACCAGUCACCCAAAAUGAUAACAGAACCUGCCCUUACCAUUCUUGCUUCUACCACUGAGAAGCCAGCUGUAGUAUCGACUGAGAGAGACACCUCAACCGAUGAAGACAGUUCACGUUAUGCCAAGACGCCAGUGAAGAGUGAAGAGAGGUUUAUAUCAACAGGAACAAGUAUUAUUAUUUCUACAGCAGGUUCAAGUGAAAUGGGAUUGAGCACCUUUGGGUCUGACUCUGUCACUCCUAGUUUGUCGACCGUUAAGAAGACUAUGAUUACUAGCACUUUAUCCACUCAGCCGGCAAGCUCCCAAACAGAUGAGUCAGAAUCUUUUGAAGAAACCUCAGGUCAGACAUCCCAUGAGGUCUUCAGCACUGCAGCCCAUGCAACACAGCCCCCUGCUGUGACCAGAUCUAUUGAGUCAUUGAAUACAUCAACUUCCUUUGAGUCAGAACCAAAGGAGUCACAAAAUGCAGCUAUAACAAGCACAGCUAUCUCAGAGACAACAGUAAUGAUCACCACAAUACCCACUUCAAAUGUCCCCUCAACACCAUCACAGCCAGAUGUUGUCAUUCAGUUGGACUCAACUCUUUCUCCUCUACAACCACUGACAACUCCCAUGGAAUUAUUUGAACAAGCCAAGUCAGAAAUUACACUUACACACCGCCCCAACCCUGGUCUUUCUCAUGAUAUAUCACUGACCACAACUCGCCCUGUAUUUGCUAAUCAUGUCACAAGCCAGACUGCAGUAUCAACAGUUGCACCUGCUUUUGUUUCUGAAGACGACCGUGUUUCGGUAGCAGAUGGGACAGUUGAACCAGCUGUUGAUCAGGUCUCAAGUGGUGCAACGACUCACCUCAGUCUAACUGAUCCACAACCAGAUUAUGAAGCACUAAAUCCUUAUGUGGUGGCAGCAGAUCCCCUGUACAACCAAACACUAGAAAAUGAUACAGUGUUAAUUUCUACACCACCAUCUGUUGCUCAAACACCUGACUCAAAGGUAAUAGCAGAAGCUAUCAUGGUUACGGCAUCAACCACAAUCAGUGGAAAAUCAGUCUCUACCCUCCAAGAAAACAGCAUGACUACAGCAAGUGUUGUUAAGCUGGGUGAUGAUGAGUCACCUUCUGUCCCUAAUGAUAAGGCUGAAAGUGGCUCUGUAAGUUCUGGGAUUUCAUCCCCCAGCUUUGAUGAUGUAUUUGAUGAACUGAUGACUACAAAGGCACCAAAGAUCAUCAGUAUAGAACAGGCUCUAUCUCCAGAUGAAAUCAAGAAAGUAUUUAAGGUAAAUGCUACAGAAGCUUCAAAGAAGGAAGGUGUUGAUGUCACGUUUGGGAAAGGUGACAUAGGUGUCUCUCCUUACACUGAAAUACCAACCAGCACUCAAUUCAAGACAGUAUCACCAGCCCAGGUGCAAAAUCAGCUAGGUACAAUUGCAUCAACCACACCAUCAACCUUUUCUGAGCAAGACCAGAAACAGGGCAGUGACAUGACUGCACCACCAUCAGUUAUUGAAGGAAAACCAUCAAUAAAAGAGGAGGAAACAACCACACCGCCUAAUAGAGGAUUUGAUCUGGGACACACUGUUGUUGGCGAGACUAUGGAGAUUUCUGGAAUUGACUCAUGCACAGAGGAUGUUUGUCUAAAUGGAGGCUCUUGCUUGAGGAUUGGCAGCACCUAUACCUGUCACUGUGCUCCUGGUUUCAGUGGUCAUCAAUGUGAAAUAGAUAUUGAUGAGUGUGAAUCAAACCCUUGCCGCAAUGGAGGCACUUGUGUCGAUGGCUUGUCUUCUUUCACAUGUGUGUGUCUCCCGAGCUAUGCUGGGCUGUUUUGUGAAGAGGAUACAGAAACAUGUGACUACGGCUGGCAUAAGUUUCAAGGCCACUGCUACAAGUACUUCCCUCAGAGGAAAAACUGGGACACAGCAGAGAGAGAAUGCCGCAUCAACGGGGCUCAUCUCACAAGCAUCCUGUCCCACGAGGAGCAACAAUAUGUCAACCGUCUUGGACAGGACUACCAGUGGAUCGGCCUGAAUGAUAAGAUGUAUGACAACGACUUCCGCUGGACUGAUGGUUGCCCUAUGCAAUAUGAAAACUGGAGGCCCAACCAGCCUGACAGCUUCUUCUCUGCUGGCGAGGACUGUGUGGUGAUGAUAUGGCAUGAGGAUGGUCAGUGGAAUGAUGUUCCUUGCAACUACCACCUCACUUUCACCUGCAAGAAGGGCACAGUGGCCUGUAGUCAGCCUCCUGUGGUAGAGAAUGCACGUUCCUUUGGGAAGACACGUGAACGGUAUGAGAUCAACUCGCUGGUGAGGUACCAGUGCCGUAUAGGCUUUAUUCAGAGACAUGUCCCAACUAUCCGUUGUCGUGGGAAUGGACGAUGGGAUAUCCCGAAAAUCAGCUGCAUGAACCCCUCAAGCUAUCAGAGGACCUUUAUCAGAAGGCAUCAGCACAAUAGUCUCUACAGCAUCCACAACUUCAAUAACUGGCAAGAUGAGUCCUUCCACUUUCGUCAUCAGCUCCGACCAGGAAGGAGACACAAAAUAGAACAUAAGUGGAAAUAACACGGCACACCUGAGACGAGAGCACGUGCCAGAUGCUUGUUUGAAAAGAACAAAAAAAAAAAAAAAGCACAUGAGAAAACUUAUCAAAGAAAAAAAACAACAACCUGCAGUUUUUGUCAAUGGAAUCUUACAAAGUGCCUUUUAUAGACAUGUAGAUACAAGACUUUUUCUUAUCAAGGGGCACUAUUUUAUAAUAAUGCCAAUGUGGAUUAAAAAAAGUUUCAGCUGGCUACUGGAAAAGCAAAAACUACUCUUAUCAUACUUAAAAAAAAACACUAAAAUCACCCUUUUUCAUGAUGGUUGUCUAGUCAAUUUUAAAAUCAACUGGGCUAUUUAAAAUCUAUGCAAGUGUUCAUUUUCUAAUAGAAAGAAAGAGAUUAUACUGCUCAUGUAAACAUUAAUAUUGUGCUGUUUUAAUUUGGGCUUCCUUUUUAUUGCGCUUGCAAAGAACUCAUAUCGCAUGAGUUAAACAUUAUGUUGCAUACAAAGAGCUAUAAACUUUCUUACAUACAGAUCUUUUCCCAGAAUUUAUAGCUCAUUCUAUAAAGGGGCAAAUUAUACCCUGACAUGGUUUGACAGGUUUCCUGUAUAGUAGUUAUUCACAUUCUAGAUUAAAAUAUCACAAGUCUGGGGAAAGUUUUUCACUGAUUGCUUGGUUAUCAGCUUCUUUGUGAUGGCAGCUUUUAGUAUCAAAUUAUCACCUUUCAUUCUCUCCUGCUGUCAUCAGAUAUAUGUCAGACUAAAUGUUUAUAAAUAGAUUUCUAUAGAUAGAUUUUAAAAACUGUAACUGACAUUUUCUUUUGUAGGAGACAGUUCAAUAUGAAAGAUUGCUCUCUAAGUCCUAUCGACAAAGCCUUUAUCAACAGAUGGAAAUUGAUGACUAUCGUCUACUUCAAAAGGAAAGUGUAGCUCAAGAAGCCUCUAUUUUCUGCUCAAAUAUGUUCAUUGCAUAGCCUUUAAUUAGUCACAACAGCAUGUUUACAAUAACUUAUAUAACUAAUGCUGUGCAUAAUCACACACCAAAGACUCUUGCUGUCAUCUGUUGUGGGGUAGCUUAUAUGUAAGUCUUUUUUUUUUCUCUUUUGGUAUGAUUUCUAAAAAAAUUGUUUCUGUUAUUGUGGUCAAUUAAGAUCAGUCAUUGAGAGAAUGUAUUUUGUGAAUCACUCAGAAAGACUUGAACGUAACAGCUGUUUAGGCAGAGAUGCGUAUAAUUUAUUUUCAAGCUGCUCUUGAUUGCUUUACUUGUUUUACUGAUGAAAUAUGAUUCUGUCACUUGGGCCUCACGGGGAUUCUUUUUAAAUGUUUUUAUUGUUUGUUCACCAGGACGCCGGCAACAUUUGCAUGCUAACAAUCUAAAAGUAAUUACUCAGCAAUAUGAUCCAUUUACAUGCCUUCUUCUUUUUCUUUCUUCUUCUUUGUUUUUGUUUUUUUUUUCAACUUUAAUGGCAACAGUGGACCAAAGAACUCAGAGACACACAUCAGCAAUAAUCUGCAUCGAUUUUGUUCUGUAACAUUAACAGACGUGAAUUUUUUUUUAAGGAGAAAUGUUGUUUUGUUGUCUGAGUAUUUGUCUGUGUGUUUUAGCCUUGAUGUGCACAUAAUAUGAUUUUAUAUUUAUAAGUGUUUCUUUUUUUAAAGAUUACUUUACAAUGUGAAUGGUUGGUACGUUUGUGAAUUUAAAAAAAAACUGUUUU